AUGGCAGCCAACCCGGCCUUGAUACCUGGUGACCGCCUCGACAAGGACGACUUUUACAAAGUCAUCGAGGAGUAUACACGCGAGGACGCGAAGAGGGAGGAUAUAAUCAAGAAAAGCAGAGAUGUGCUAAAACUGAGCAAACAGGCAAUAUUUGCUCUGCACCGUAAGGACGAGGCCGCCGCUAAUGCGCAUCUUGAAAGCUGCUUUAGUGUCAUCGAAAAAGAUCUGUUCCCCAUUACAGAGGAGCACCCCACGCUUCGUCUCACAGGAAUGUUGGUUGCGGCCCUUGAGGAGUACGCGGAGGCCCGCAUUUUUUUGCACUUUCUUAAAACCAGGAAGCUGCUCCCAUUCAAGAGUCUUAAUGGACUCCGCGUGGAGGAGUUUUUAGGCGGAUUGAUGGACUGUACGGGGGAGCUUAACCGGUUCGCUGUUCUUCGCGCCACAGAACAUGAUGCCACGGCCGUGCACGACUGCUGUCAAUUCGUUGGAACUGUUCACGAGCAAAUGAUUUUAUUGGAUCUCAGAAAUUCUCCUCUUCGUCGAAAAUACGAUUCCCUGAAGUACACACAAAAGAGGCUUGAAGCACUAGUAUACGAACUGGCGGUGGCCGCCCGCAUGCAAAACAUCAAGCUCCCGUCCAUGUUGAUGGAGCCGGAGCCCGAAACCAACGCAAACCAGGAGUAA